AUGGCAACCAUGACUGUGACCGAUACCUUUGCGGCGAAAAAGAACGCGAAGCUAGUUCCAGAGAACGAACGCUACAUGCGGGCAUGCUCUGAUAUUGCAAAUGCUCUCAUUCAGGAAUAUGAGUCGCAGAAAGACUCUUCGAAGCCCAGGAAAGAUAUCAACCUCAACAAGCUGCGGGGUACCAUCGCAAAAAAACAUCACCUCGCCUCCCAGCCGCCACUGACAGCCAUCAUUGCGGCUGUGCCUGAACACUACAAGAAAUACAUCCUCCCAAAGCUUAUUGCAAAGCCAAUUCGAACCUCCUCUGGUAUCGCAGUUGUUGCUGUUAUGUGCAAACCCCACCGAUGCCCUCACAUCGCUUAUACUGGUAAUAUCUGCGUUUACUGUCCCGGUGGCCCAGACUCUGACUUUGAGUAUUCAACGCAAUCUUAUACUGGAUAUGAACCGACGUCGAUGCGCGCGAUUCGCGCUCGCUACGAUCCAUUUGAACAGGCGCGAGGACGAGUGGACCAGAUCAAGUCUUUGGGCCACAGUGUGGACAAGGUUGAAUACAUUAUCAUGGGCGGAACCUUCAUGUCAUUGCCUGAGGAGUAUCGGGAUUCUUUCAUUUCCCAGCUUCACAAUGCUUUAAGCGGCUACCAGACGGACAAUGUUGAUGAGGCCGUGCAGGCAGGUGAAAUGAGCAAUGUCAAAUGCGUUGGUAUUACCAUCGAAACACGCCCAGAUUACUGCUUGGACCAGCAUUUGAGCAGCAUGCUUCGAUAUGGGUGCACAAGACUGGAGAUUGGCGUGCAAAGUCUGUACGAGGAUGUCGCGCGAGACACAAAUCGUGGUCACACAGUUGCAGCUGUGGCAGAGACCUUUAAGCUUUCAAAGGAUGCCGGGUUCAAGGUUGUCAGCCACAUGAUGCCCGACUUGCCAAAUGUUGGCAUGGAGCGAGAUCUGUUCCAAUUUCAGGAAUAUUUCGAGAACCCUGACUUCCGAACGGAUGGUCUGAAGAUCUACCCCACACUCGUUAUUCGGGGCACUGGUCUCUAUGAAUUGUGGCGGACUGGUCGCUAUAAGAACUACACUCCUAACGCUCUGAUUGACUUGGUGGCUCGUAUCAUGGCAUUGGUACCUCCAUGGACACGUAUAUAUCGUGUCCAACGUGAUAUUCCCAUGCCUCUGGUCACUUCCGGGGUUGAAAAUGGAAACCUGCGUGAGCUGGCUUUGGCACGCAUGAAGGAUUUUGGAACCACCUGCCGGGAUGUCCGUACCCGUGAAGUUGGUAUUAACGAAGUUAAGAACAAGAUUCGCCCUUCGCAGGUCGAGUUGAUUCGCCGAGACUAUACUGCUAAUGGUGGAUGGGAGACGUUCCUCGCAUACGAAGAUCCCAAGCAGGACAUUCUCAUUGGCUUGCUUCGUCUGCGAAAGUGCAGCUCCACCCACACCUUCCGUCCAGAGCUCACUGGCCAGCAGACAAGUAUUGUUCGCGAACUUCACGUCUACGGGUCUGCAGUUCCGCUUCACGGCCGUGACGCCAAGAAGUUCCAGCACCGCGGCUUCGGAACUCUGCUCAUGGAAGAAGCAGAGCGUAUUGCUCGCGAGGAGCAUGGUAGCACUAAGAUUAGUGUCAUCUCUGGUGUCGGAGUGCGUAACUACUAUGCACGUCUUGGAUACACUUUGGACGGUCCUUAUAUGUCCAAGAUGCUGGAGCCCUGGGAGGAUGAGGAAUAA